AUGAGUUCUAUGCAAUUAAAUGAGAGUUCUAUAGUUGACUGUCUUUACGAAGAUUUACCAUCAGACGAUCAAAGUUGUACGACCGUAGAUGAUACAGAUGAUGACCAGGACUACUUACCUCCACAAAAGGCCAUAAUGGUAGUAGAAGAAGAUAACGAAGCUAGUGAUGAUACAGGCCCUAGUGAUUUAAUCGACAAAGAACAAGAUCAUACACCAUUUUCAGUUUUCAAACUCUUAUUUUCCGAUGAAGUCAUAAAUUUAAUAGUAGAACAAACUAAUUUAUAUACCCAGCAAAGAUAUAUGAAGACAGGAAAAUUGUAUAUGAAAACUACCAAUCAAGAAAUUAUGACAUUUCUAGGUAUAAAUAUAUUGAUGGGUAUAAAAAGAUUACCUAGCUAUAGAGAUUAUUGGUCAUCAGCACCAGACCUUCACACGACAGUUAUAUAA